GUGGGGUGUACGUCACCUCGUCGCUUGUUUACAUUCCAAAUUUCUUGUAACAUCCUGUGGACACAGACAUGUUGUGUCUGUCUUUAGAAUGACAUGAUCAUUUGGAGGUCUGGAGCUUGGCAGGAUUAACCUAAUUUAGAGGCAACGCGAAGGACACUCCGUCGUCAGCUGUCUACGGUCUUCAGACAACUGUCUACGUUCUUCAUUCAGCUGUCUACGGUCUUCAGACAACUGUCUACGCCCUUCAUUCAGCUGUCUACGGUCUUCAGACAACCAACUCAAACUGUCUACGUUCUUCAGUCGGCCGUCAACGUUCUUAAGUCAGCUGUGUGCGUUCUUAAGUCAGCUGUGUUACAUCCCGCAGCCGAACGUUAGUAUCAGAACUACUUUCGUUGGUUCAAAUUUUUACUGAACAUUAUUUGAAAGCAGCGUUUCUGUAGUGAAAUUCUUUUAAAUCACACAGAUUCCUGUUGUUAAUACGUAAGAAUAUAUAGAGCAAGCAGGUGAUUACUGGUGGAGUGUGGGGGGGGGGGGCAUGAAUAUUAAAUCAAGAGAGGGCCUACCGUUAAGUCGGCCCACCAAACCAGAAAGACAUGUGUACAUUAUUUACAGAACCAUCUGAUUUACAAUAUUAAAGAAAUAAAUAUAUUUAAAACAGUAUUAAAUACAAAUGCUGAGCCGGGUGCAGUUUUUUUACACCGGGUCCGGGUAAUUUGAAAAAAAUACCAUUGGGUCCAAAAGUGUUGGGUCCAAAAGUGUUGGGUCCAAAAGUGUUGGGUCCAAAAGUGUUGGGUCCAAAAGUGUGGGGUUCAAAGUGUUGGGUCCAAAAGUGUUGGGUCCAAAAGUGUUGGGUCCAAAAGUGUUGGGUCCAAAAGUGUUGGGUCCAAAAGUGUUGGGUCCAAAAUUGUUGGGUCCAAAAGUGUUGGGUCCAAAAGUGUUACCAAACAACAACAAAAAUAGAGUUAACUUCUCAUUGUCUACAAACAAUAGGCUUAAAGACAGUCCUACAUCCUACAUCCUGUAUGCUAGCCUUUCAACAAUAGUUCUAAAGACAGUCCCACACCAUACCCGUGGCUCUUUAUUAAUAGUAUUUAAAGAAAACUUUAACAUUUUUACCCGAGCUCGAACGUCACGUAUGACGGACGCUUGCCUGCGUUGUUGCUCACUGAGUACUAUUAAUAUAAAACAUGUUGAUUAGGGGGGGGGCUGUUUGCGAAAAGGAAGCAGCCACACCAGAAGCAAAACAUUUAAAAGAGAAAACGCUCACUUAUUCUAGUUUUCAUUCAUACGCAACUCAUAGCUGAUCAAAAAUAUUCUAAAUUCGUUUUUAUUACUCUUUUUUUUUUCAAAUAAAGAUGGACCCAUGUAUAUUUUUUAAAAAGUAUUACUCUCUACUCGUAAACGUAAUCUAAGAUUAUUAGUUCAUCAUUUUUUUACUUAAAUAGUUGCUUUAUCGGUAACAAAAAUUGUCAUAUAAAUUUGCGAAGCAUGGUGAUUAAUCAUAUUUCUGUAUUGCUCCCAUAAAUAUUAAUGUAUACAUUUUUUUAAAAUCUUAGUAAAUUGUUGCAUGCAUAAAUUAUUAGACUAGUCAGUUUAAAUUAAUUGAAGAAGCAUAAAUUUACCAAAUGUCUUGUUUUCAUCCGCUGGCCCAGAUACCGUGAAAGGCCUUAUGGCAAGUCCAAGUAUGGCGGACGGCGGUGUGCCAAAGGAGUAUCUGACGGUCCGGUGCCCCAUCACCAACCUCACGGACGAGUAAGUGGCUGGACGGAUGCUAGUCCUUUUACCACUGUCACAGCUGUCACAACUGUCACAGACACCUUCAAAACCGUACAAUCACUGACAUAACUAUCACAAACACUGACGCAACCACUGCCACAACUCUCACAACCACUGCUACAACUGUCACAAUCACUGCCACAACUGUCACAACUACUGUCACAACUACUGUCACAACUAUCUUAAUCACCGUAUAAACUGUCACAGCCGUGUGAAACAGUUACCGCCGCCCUCGCUGUCACAAUCGGGGUCACAACUGUAACAGCUGUCACAAUCAGGGUCCUACUAAGGGGAUAGUGGAACAAGGUAUGUUGAGGCUUGAAAUGAAAAGACAGGACAAUAGAAGGAGAACUUUUCCACUAAGAGCCUUCUUCAGCAGACUGGACAAAACAAGGAACAACAAGAUAUAGAAAACAGUUCAAAAUUUUUUUAACUCUUUGGAACUCGCCAAGAAGGAGGGGAAUGCUAUGUUACAUUGUCAUGUCUUUUCAUUUCACUCUGCAACAUAUCUUGUUUCACUACUUCCUUCACACAGCUUGAACGCAGUCCUUGAUAUUCUAUCGUUCAACAAAUAACAACAAAACAAAAACAAAAAAAAAGGGGGGGGGGAGAAAAGUAGUCACAUUGUCACAACUGUCACCCUCAUUACCACAGUAACAACUGCUAUCAAAGUCGACGCUGCCACAUUGUCAUAAAUGCUACUAAAUCUAGAUGACUGAUCCAUUUCCUCUAUGUAUCCUGAAAGUCUCAUUGGUUACCAAGUUCAGUGGCGUAGCUAGGGUUGGUGCCGUCCAGGGUGUACUUUGAUUUACGCCGCCCCAUUCCCCCGGAACAAAAAAAAAAACCUCUGCACGAGGCCAAAAAUGCGGCCCCUCAUUACAAAGACUAUAUAUGUAAGGACGGCCCCCUCACUACAAAGACUAUAUAUGUAAGGACGGCCCCCUCAUUACAAAGACUAUAUAUGUAAGGACGGCCCCCUCAUUACAAAGACUAUAUAUGUAAGGACGGCCCCCUCAUUACAAAUACUAUAUAUGUAAGGACGGCCCCCUCCACACACCCUUCCUACUAACUAAGAGAGUUUAUUGUAAGCGAUUUCUCUAUUUCAAUAAUGUAUUUGAUUUGAACACAUAUGUGGAGGUUUAAUUCUUUGGUUUAUAGACUGUCAACUCCUGUUUCUACUAGAUUGGUUAAUGCAUCAAUCUCUUUCACACGUUGUAAUACGUCGUACUAGCAAUGAAUCAACACAAGUCCUUUAUCACGAUAAAUGUCACUUUAAUAUCUAAUCAUAUACAGACUGUAAAUUCCAUAAACACAUGCAUAUAGCGCGGCUCGCUGUCCGAGAGAAAUAAAACACAACCUCCUUCCACAAAGUUCCUUUCAAGACUGCCACACGACUAAAACGUACGUCACAAAACAGACUAGACAAUACGUCAUAAUGAGCAUAAAAAUACGUCACCAAAUCAGGCGCGCGAAGAGCGUUCACUAACUAAUUUCCCUCUCACAAACACACACCGCGCUUAAUGAAACAUAAUAUCCAGUCGCAACAAUUAUUAAUGAACUCCAAUAGUCAGGCAGACUAUAACUUCAAUUUGCAGUACUAGUCCUUUACCGUGGGUAAUAGAUGUUGACUUUUAAGACUUACCAGUUUUUGCAAAAGAUAACAGAGAAAAUUAACUUCUUUUUUUUUUUUUUAAUUUCUUGUUUCAAUGAUGUCCUUUCGAGUGAUCGGGCUGUUAUCAGGCUGUUGGGGUGUUAACAUAUUUUUAUCAUUCUUGCUUCCACUUACCAUUUUUUUCAAAAGAUAAUAGAGAAAAUUAACUUUUUUUUUUUUUUUUUAAUUUCUUGUUUCAAUGAUGUCCUUUCGAGUGAUCGGGCUGUUAUCAGGCUGUUGGGGUGUUAACAUAUUUUUAUCAUUCUUGCUUCCAGAGAAAAGGCAGUGCUGAAAAGUUCAUGGAAGAGGGUGGUAGGCUCCUCCCAAGAAGAGUUCGCUGUCAAGGGAGUGGAGUUUGGGAGGACCUUCUUGCAUUGGUAGGCUGGCCAUUCAAACUUGACUGGAAUUAUUCGCCGGGAAAAGGCCGUGUUUGUGCCGUGGCGCUACCUAGUGAUAGUUUCGUUGGAGAAACACUGAGCGAUCGGUUAUGUACAACUUGGUUACCGGGUACCGUUCAUCAGACUCGUGGAGGUGGGGAUGGAGGAACUGGGGCAAGAACUGGGGAUAGGAGGAACUGGGGCAGGAACUGGGGAUAGGGGGAACUGGGGCAGGAACUGGGGAUAGGGGGAACUGGGGCAGGAACUGGGGAUAGGGGGAACGGGGGCAGGACUAGGUUUGUGGGAACUGGGGGUGGAGAAACUAGGGGAGCAGAGGCUGGGUUUAUGGUACUGAGUCCGACCCACCGUGUUCGUUUUGCACUAGAUGUGUGCACGUCGGCUCGUUUAACGUACACAUUUAAAGUACACAUUGUGUUAGACUUUAACAUGCCCACUGUGUAAAUGAUCUAACUAAUUUUAGAAUUUCUAAUCUUUAAAGUUUAUGUUACCAUAGUUGUCAUUUUUUUCAUAUAUUGUUUAUUUUAAAAUUAUUUUUAAUAUAUGGGGGUGGGGGGUAUCAAUGCUAUAUUCUGAAAUUAAAUUGGGUGCUCGCCAUUUUUAUGUGUUUAAAAGCCCCAACCCAUACACACUUUUCACUAUUUUCUUGUUUUGAAUAUCUCUGAAGUUAUUUCCUAAGGCAUUGAUUUGUAGCACAAUUAGACAUAUUUAUGUACCUGAAAUGGGCAGAAAUUUUAUAUUUCUGUAACAAAAAUCUAUGUACAGUUGGGUUGCUAAGUUAACCCCCACCCCACAACUCCUAUGCUACGCUCUCCACCUUAUCCUCAAGUCGCUGUCUCUCACACGUGUCUUUUUAGACCGUACUAAGAAAUCGCCUCUCGCCUGUCCCUCUCCGUAAGAAAUCAAUUGGAGCAGAAAACUCACAACCAGCCAUUGAUUCAUCAAUGUAUCAUGAGGUAUAUGGUGACCUUUGUAUCAUGUGGUAUAAUGUGACAUUUGUAUCAUGUGGUAGAUUGUGACAUUUGUAUCAUGUGGUAGAUUUUGACAUUUGUAUCAUGUGGUAGAUUGUGACAUCUGUAUCAUGUGGUAGAUUGUGACAUUUGUAUCAUGUGGUAGCUUGUGACAUUUGUAUCAUGUGGUAGAUUGUGACAUUUGUAUCAUGUGGUAGAUUGUGACAUUUGUAUCAGGUGGUAGAUUGUGACAUUUGUAUCAUGUGGUAGAUUGUGACAUUUGUAUCAUGUGGUAGAUUGUGACAUUUGUAUCAUGUGGUAGAUUGUGACAUUUGUAUCAUGUGGUAGAUUGUGACAUUUGUAUCAUGUGGUAGAUUGUGACAUUUGUAUCAUGUGGUAGAUUGUGACAUUUGUAUCAUGUGGUAGAUUGUGACAUUUGUAGCAUGUGGUAGAUUGUGACGCUUUAAGCUGCGUGGUGCACUUUUUGAAAUGCGUGCAAUCUGCAAAAAGAAAUGAGAUGAGAACCGUAAAAAAAUUUAAGAUUAUCAAGAAAAUUAGACGGCCCGUUGAAUUUGAAAUGCAAAAUAAAGUUCCGGUGCACCCACCUAAAUUCUAUAAUUUGUUACUCGCUUUGACUGAAGGACUACCGUCAGAGGUCGAUUACCUGGACCAAAAGUGGUUUGACCCCUUCCUGAUUAUCAACUUUUCCGGUCAAAUCCGUAGAUAAGCAAGUGUUAUAAAAAUUGAGAUCAUGGUUUGCAAAGUGUCUUCCUGAAAGAUUGCUGCCGUUGUUGUCAUUCUUGUUAUUCUAUGUUAUGCCACUCUGAUUUUUUUUUUAAACUCCACUCUGUUGGACUCUAAAAAUGCUCAUGUAUGACUAUGCUAGUCUAAAAAUGCCACUGUGAUUUAACUCUAACAGUGCCACCUCUGGCAAUGCCUCUCUGACAAUGUCUCUAUGAUGACUCUGGCAAUGCCUCUCUGUAUGACUCAGACAAUGCCCCCCCCCCCUGACAACGUCUCCAUCACUCUGCAAUGCCUCUCUUUUUGACAAUGCCUCUCUGUUUGGCUCUGACGAUGCCACUUUACUCCUGCCACCAGGAUGUUUGCGAACAUCCCGGACAUGAAGAAACAGUUCGAACACCUGUUCGACGCCACCAAGAGUCCGGACGUGUUGAAUGCCGACGUCCAGUUUCAGAAGCACGUCAAUAAGAUCAUCACGUGGAUAGACUCCAUGAUGGAAGAUCUGGACCAUCCUAGCAAGUUGCAGCUUGAAAUUUUCUAUCUGUCUCAGGCGCAUAUCAAUAGAAAAAAUCCGAUUGGCAUCAAAUUUUUCGGCGUGAGUACUAUUUAGACGGGUUGUUUGGUGGGCUAGGCACACAGGCGUGAGUACUAUUUAGACGGGUUGUUUGGUGGGCUAGGCACACAUAUCUUUACUUAAGUUUUAAAACGUAAUUAAAAAGUAUUUAAAUAGUGCUAUAAUUUAGGAAUCUCUGAAUUCAAAACCUGGAGAUGGAGUUCCGUAGGCGGAUAACAUUGGUACAAUGAAGCGUUCCGACAGCUCCUGCAACGCCAAGCUGUAUUAUCCACAUGAUGUUCCCUUGGGUCAUCCAGCGGCGUGGAGAGAGGCGAUUUGCUGUGUAGUGAGCCAUUUUAUAAUCCUAAAAAAGAAUAAUCCUAUGCCUUGUGGAUUUCGUCCAGCGAAGUCUACACCAUCGUCACAUUGUAACGGACAGAUGCCAGCAACAUAAAAAAAGUUUGGAUGCCUUAAGACAGUGGUUCUCAACCUUCUUAAUACCGUGACCCUUAAAUACAGUUCCUCAUGUUGUGGCGACCCCCAACCCAAAAAUUUUUUUUCAUUGCUACUUCAUAAAUGUAAAGUAUAUGUGUUUUCCGGUGGUCUCAGGCGACCCCUGUAAAAAUGUCGUUCGAGCCCAAAGGGGUCGCGUUCCACAGGUUGAGAACCGCUGCCUUAAGAUAAGACAAAUCUGAUAAACUUGCAAUUAUCCUUAAAAAUCAGCCGAGAGUACAAUUCGUGUUUUAAUGUUCCUUUACUCGUGUGUACAAUGUACAAUAUUAAAUACAAUGUUUAUUCUUUUCCAUCCACAUUACGUUAAAAUAUUUUUUUAUAUAAUACCUGUUCCUAUUAUUAUUAUAUCUUUUCAUAAUGUGGCAGAAAAAAUAACUACCCAACACCUUCCAAAAAAAAAAUUAAAAAUUGUAAAAACAAUUAAAUGGUUGAUAUUGGUACAGGUUUUAACGUUGCUAAAAUCUUGAGUGUGGAUGCAACACAUACAGAAGUCGACAGUUUAGGGGAGACUCCAAGGACCAACUGCUGGAAAACAGUGAUCAAACCCGUACACAGUUGUCAGCGCAAACGCUAUGUGUUUGAAAUUGUAUGGCAUUCAUACAGUUAGAUCAACUAAAACAAUUGUAAAAAAAUAAUUUAAAAAAUAAAAAAUUGAGCACAAAAAGAUGUACGCUUGGAAAAAAAUAGCUGGAAACAUAUUCUUUGUUAAAGCUGGCAGUUUAAGGGGAAUGCGAGAACGUCAUGCAGCGAACAGUUCCGUCAAUGUGUACGCUGUUGUUAGCUUGGAGUCACGCAAAAGGUGUGUUGGCGCGGGAUUGUGUGGAAGAUGAUUACACAGUAAUGGGAAUUUCACUUGUUGUUCUAUAUUUGGUGAAGAGCAAAUCCAUGUAUUGCUCGCCGAGUUGAUGGGGCGUGUAAGUUUUAAGGGUAACUUACUCAGCCACACAGCUAACAUGGGUGUCUAAGUAAAAGAGAACGCAGACCAAUAAGCUGUCACAUAUACGGUAACACGGACCAAUAAGCUGUCACGUUUUGAAUCCUUGUACUUGUCGAAUAUGUGGACAUUGCCCAAUGACCUACAUUGGUGUCUCAAACGCCGUAGAGAAAGAACAUGUGACGUAUUUUUGUAAAACAUUUUGUUCAAGCUUAAUGCUCAUUUUGACAAGUAAUAUCAAAUAACAUAUAGGCCAGCGUUACCAAACGAUACUAGGUGCUGUUUGGGAAGUAGGUCGACUAUCUUCGUGACCAAACGAUACUAGGUGCUAUUUGGGAAGUAGGUCGACUAUCUUCGUGACCAAACGAUACUAGGUGCUAUUUGGGAAGUAGGUCGACUAUCUUCGUGACCAAACGAUACUAGUAUACUAGGUGCUAUUUGGGAAGUAGGUCGACUAUCUUCGUGACCAAACGAUACUAGGUGCUAUUUGGGAAGUAGGUCGACUAUCUUCGUGAACAAAUGAUACUAGGGACGCUAUUUGGGAAGUAGGUCGACUAUCUUUGUGACCAAACGAUACUAGGUGCUCUUUUGGGAAGUAGGCCGACUAACUCAGUAACUGCUUGACCAAACUAUACUAGUUACUCUAUAGGAAGUAAGCCGCCUACCUGCUUGACCCAACGACACUUAGUGCUCUUCGGGGACUGGGCCAACAAAUAGCGGAUGCCAAGUCAUUUAACGAUUAGAGCACAUGAAAUUGAAAUCUACGCAUAUGUUUCAGCAUUAUUAUAUCUAGAUGUUCAGCACUGUUAUAUGUAUAUGUUCAGCAUUAUUAUAUGUAGAUGCUCAGCACUGUCAGGUAGGAACCGUGUCACGAUGCCUUAAUUGGACUCGGACAUACUUUUUUUAAAGUCCAGAUACCUUCGACGUCUAACAAUUGUUUAACUGUUGCUCACAGCACAAAUUAAAUUGUCCAUUUCAGCCUUUGCAGAAGAAGUUCCCAUCAUUCAUUGCGGGCGCAUUGGGGCUGCCAGAGGACCACCAGGAGGUCAAAAUGUGGAUCCUGUUCAUAGACCUGUUAGUGAACAAAGUCAGGACAACAGAAACAUGGGCCAAAGAUGAUAAGAAGGGAUGCUGCAACCUACUUUAACCUUAAUCAUUUUUAGACCAAUGAAUCUUCAAAUAGUAUCAAAUGGAUGGGACUUCAAAAGUAGUAUCAAAUGGAUGGUACUUCAGAAGUAGUAUCAAAUGAAUGGCAUCCCAAAAAUAGUCCUAAAUUAAUCUUCCAAAAACAAAAAAAAAGAUUUUUUUAAAACAAGUAAUCUUUGCCUCUACAUAUCAAUCAUGUUUGAAUCUGUUUUACACUCAAAGAUUGUCAGCUCCAUAAUGAUCAAUCCACUAUCGACCUUCCAUGACAUCAAUAUUUGAAUAACGGGUUAUGAGAAGAUAAUGGCUGGUGCUUUCAGGCCCUAUAAUAAUCUCUCCAUGGAACAUCCAACCAAAACGACAUCAAUAUUUGAAUAACGGAUUAUAAGAGUAAAUGGCUGAUGCUUCCAGAAAUCACACCAGCCCCUCCUCAAAAAAAAAAAAUGGAAAAGGGGAACAAGAAAUGUACCCGUAAGUUUAUUCUAUCUUCACUGCAUGUUGAUCCAUCUCCCCACCAUUUUUCUAUGUGAAGCGCUGAACUGCAAGAAUCAACAAACCAUCAAUGCACAGUUCAUUGACCUAAUGAUGAAGUUAAGGUCUGCAUAGAGAAGUGAUGGUACAGUGGCUGAAACAUCCACAACAUUUGAUACAUCCGCUUUCUGGGGCAGAGCUUUGGCUCAGGCAAGCACUUUACAACAGGCAUGAUGCAUCUGCCAGACAUCUCCGUAGAUCCUACUCUCAAGGUGGAAAAUAUUUAAAACAUCUGAUUCGUUUGCGAACAGAAUAGCAGAUGAGUGAGGGGGUCGGACAACCCAACUUAAUAAUCUUGACCAUCCAAUUCUUUUAGACAGACCAUGUUUGAUAACUGACCAUUAUGGUGUUUAUAUUGCAAACCAUUAUAUUCCACUCAAACAUCUACAAAUAUUUUUAUAAAAGUUAUUAUACCGGUAUUUGAUUACUCUGAAUAAAGAACUAUAGUGUACACUUGUACUUGCCAAUAUUUUUAAAAAAUUAAUCGUACGUG